AUGAGAAGGCCAAGAGGGUUGGAGUCAAGUACACCGGAGAAAGAACUACGGGAAAGAAUAUGGGACCGUUGUCGAUGUCUACAUUGCAAAGAAAUUGAACUGCCUCAAAAAGAACUUUGGCUUUGUAAGAUUUAUUCAGAUCCAGGAUUGUCUCCUUUGAAAAAACGGCUCAAUGAGAUUUACAUCGGAGCACAUAGGAUUGAAGCCAAUGUUGCACGAUACCAACGUAAGGAGAACGAGAAUUGCACAAGAAACUUUCAAACCACAAGUAGAGUACAACCAAAACAAACAAUGAACACGCGACUACAAGGCAGGUCAUUUCCCGAUGCUGUUAAGGGGACAAGGCAAACCGCAAACAUUGAAUCCAGUAAGUCAAGCAAAGUAGACGAUGGGUCGGCCCCUGCAAGGAAAGUAUUAAAAAUGAUAUCAAGCCUGGAGUCAAGAGAAGCCAUGCAGAAUACCUUGGUGGGGGAAGUAGAAAACUUCCAAGCUCUAAUAAACGUGAAAGCUUUCCAGGAGGUUGAGGGAUGGCCUUCAAUACAGCUAAGGUAUUUGGGAGGCCUAAAUAUGCUUCUUGAAUUCGAGAAUACAUCGGAAAAGGUCGCGUUCAUGAACAAUGGGAAGGAGAUUUGGCAGCUGUGGUUUAAAGAGGUCAAUAAUUGGGACGUGGAAGGUAACUUUACUGAAAGAAUCACAUCCAUAAUCAUCCACGGUGUGCCUCAACAUGCAUGGUGUGAGGAAGCUUUUAACAUUAUCGCAAGAUCGUGGGGGUCGGUGUUAAUCCCAGAAGAAUGCAACACAGACUCUCCAAAUUUGGCCUUUGGGAGGGUUGGAAUACUCACAUCUCACCCCGGAAUCAUCAGCUCUUCCAUCAAAAUCUUGGUGGACGGAAAAUCGUACCAGAUAAACAUCAUGGAGGAUAUAUUUGAAUCUCUGAAACUUAGUCCGGUGCUUGCUGCAAACGAUUUCUACCAAAGGAUGUCAUGGUGGGAUGAAGAAAGCACUAGUGAUAAUGGCAGUCUCAAUAGUGACGUUCCAGACCACUCUGAAGCUAGUUUACAGUCUCUGAGAAUAUCUCCGGCGAAGUCUCAGCAAUCAUCGGAAAGAUCUCCGGCGAAGUCUGAGCAAGCAUGGAAUCAGGUUGGGGAAGUGGAAAAGUUGCACGCCUUCAUCUCCAGCUCGGUAGCCAAGGGAACUCCUCGAUUGUCUAAACUCGUGGAGAAUCGUAUAGAAGCCGAACCACCACUGACUUCGGGUUUAGGUCACGUUGUUUUCGGAUCCGGAUCCUUUUCCUCUUUGGGCCAACUUAGAAGACGGGCCAGUUCUCCUCCCGUUAUUAAAAUUCCACAGCCCAUUCCCCUUAGACCUAAAUAG